AGAUCUCCCAGAGGCGGGACCGGAGCUCUGCGCUCUCCGGAGACGGGGCGGGAGCUCCGUCCCUCCCUCCCCGAGCCCCCUGGGGACAGGCCUCUGCGCUGCUUCCAGCGAGCUGGCCCCGGCCGGAGCCGCACGUCGCCGCUCGCUCGCGGGGAGCCGGGGCGGCCGCGGGCGGGGCGGAGCGAGGCGCAGGCGCGGCGGGGCCGGUGCCGGUGCCGGUGCCGGUGCCGGGGCUGUGCCGCCGCCGUGGCCCGGCGGGCUGCGGCGGGAGCGGCGGCAGCAUGCGGCAGUCCCUGACUCAGCAGCGCCCGGCCGGCGUGGCCCUGCCCGACUCCGUGGGGUCGUUCAAUAGAAGAAAAAGAAAUUCCCUCUACGUAACUGUGACUCUCCUCAUUGUGUCAGUAUUAAUUCUAACGGUGGGCCUAGCUGCUACAACAAGAACCCAAAAUGUGACUGUUGGAGGUUAUUACCCAGGGGUUAUUCUUGGUUUUGGGUCGUUCCUUGGAAUAAUCGGAUCAAACUUGAUAGAAAACAAAAGACAAAUGCUGGUCGCAUCGAUCGUCUUCAUCAGCUUUGGUGUCAUCGCCGCGUUCUGCUGCGCCAUUGUAGACGGUGUCUUUGCUGCCAGACACAUCGAUCUGCGGCCGCUGUACGCGGGGCGAUGCCAGUACUACUCCAAGAGUACCACCCCACCAGAGGCGGUCUGUCACCCGCAGCGCCGUGCCCCCUGCACGCCGAAAAUAAAAACCAAUACCUGCUUCUGCUGUGACCUGUACAACUGUGGGAAAGUAGAGAUUUCUGGAGGGUACUAUGAGUACAUUGAUGUCAGCAGCUGCCAGGACAUCAUCCACCUUUACCACUUGCUCUGGUCGGCAACAAUUCUGAACAUAGUCGGGCUGUUCCUGGGGAUCAUUACAGCAGCAAUUCUUGGAGGCUUUAAAGACAUGACUCCUUCCCUCCCUACGCUGAACUGCAGUGUUGAAAAUGCACACCCUUCAGUGACCUACUACUCCAGGCCACAAGUGACAUCUUACAACUCCUACUACCACAGCACUCCUCACCUGCCUCCCUACUCUGCUUAUGACUUUCAGCAUUCCAGCGUGUUUCCAGCCUCCACUCCUUCUGGCCUCUCCGAUGACCCCCAGUCCCUGUCACCAUCUCCCAGCUAUAUGUGGGCCUCUAAUGCACCCCCUCGUUACUCACCGCCCUAUUUCCCACCUUUUGAGAAGCCACCACCGUACACGCCAUAAAGAACGUGGGAAAGAAGAAAAAACAUAUUUGCCAUCGAAAUAAGUGUGAACAUUUUGUAUUUGUAUUUUACUGUGGGAGGGAGCAGGAGAAUACAGAAUAUCAUUGCAAAUAAAAAUAUUAGAUUGGACUGUCCUUUUUUGCGAGACGUACUUCAGAAGUUUUAACGAUGGCCUGUGACAAAGGGGACAGACUUCUGAUGUUUUAAUGAGUCACUGAGUAGCAGCUGACCUAAAUUUCAGCCUCUUUGGUUCAUGUAGUCCUUGAUUUUUAAUCAAGUGAUCCAACACAUCCAACAGAUGACAGAUUCUGGUCUGCCUUACUCCAUCUUGUGCCAAGCUGCAGUAAGGGUAGCCAAGAUCAAUAGUUGCUAGAGAUUAUCAGUCUGUUUGAGGUGAGGGUGCUUGCAGACAGCACCACUCAGCACUGGUUUUGUUUGGCCUUUGGGCUCCAGUUGCUGGGAUUCUGGCUGGGAGGACACAGGACCUAGCUCACAUCACUUGUUGGCCCAACACACUGGAAAAAUUUUGGGGGGAACCGUGACAGUGCCUCAAAAUGUAACCCUGUUGAAAAGGAUAACAUCAUAGGAUAGCCUCGAGCAUGUGUAACAAAUUAAUCAGAAUAUUGCUUUUUUGAGGGGGGGGGCAAGCUGUUUUUAUUUCAGGUUGCUUCUUAAGAUAAAAGAUGAAAUGGAGUUGUCUCUCUCUGAAUUCUGUGUAAGUAAUGCUGAAGUCAAACAGUUUGGGUGGUUGCACUGCCUAAAUUGUCCUUGUAUUCCUCUAAAAAACAUUAGGAACCGUCUACAAGUCACUGAAACAGUGCAGUAAAAAUGUUAUUUAUUAAUUUGUUUAUGUUUUCUGUGGUUGGGAAUUUCUUUUUAAGCUUGUACUUUUAACUUUUUUAAUGGACUGAAUCAGCACCCUGAAUAAGCACUAGUUCAGUAGCUGUACUAUGGGCUGCACAUAAGGAAUAUCCACUACUAGUUCUCCCAGAUAUAAGUCUCACACGGAUGAAAUUCAACACCCUGUAAUAUAGGACAAAACUGAGGAAUUUGCAAUUACUGUUGUGACUUUCAUUUUAUCUUCAGCUGAUGACUGUGCUGAUUGAUCUAGAUUCCAGCAGAUUUUGCAUGCAUCUUGCAUAACAAAAUGUCAGCUUUGAAAUGUGACACACUGACCUCUAAAGUGUGGUUCUACUGCAGGAAGUGAUUUCAGAUGACAGUGUUCGGAUCUGACCUGCUCAACCUGAGCGUUCUCAACAGCUUACUUCAGGGAUAAAAGCAACAUUAACAUCUUACUCCUUAUUUCCUAAAGAUAUCAUUUCCUUGGCAUUGAUUUUUUGACCCUAAUCCUCAGUUGCCUUCCUUUAUUUGCAACUGAUGCAGACAAAAAGGUACCUAAAAGUUAAACCUGGCUUUCAGAAUCAAAACGGCAUACGUGAUGGUGGGUUGGGGGAGAAUCCAGUUGGAUUUUACACUGUGGCACCUACUUUUAAUCUAUAAAAAAAAAAUUCAAAUGCUGUCAACAUGAAAAACAAACACUGAAGUCUCUGAUCUCACUUUUCAAAGUACACCCACACUUUAUAAUGCUGUUUUUAAUCCUAUGCAUUUGCAAAGCCUUUAGGCUAGACUAUGUAUUAACUUCAUCAUUUCCACUGUCAAAUACUAAUCAGUAUAUUAGUUCAUUAAAGAAUGACACUUUAUCCAGAAGCAAGCGUGGCUUUUCUCCAGUAAGAAGGGAAAAUAAACAGGACAAAGGAAUGCAGCUCACAGGAUUUAAAGCAGUAGUGUAUGUAGAACAUAACCUGGUGGUAUUUUGUUUUACUAUAGAAUGUUGAAGUGCAGCUCCUAUAAAUUUGUGUACUGGAACUAAAUUUAUAUACUGGGGCACCCUCCAUUUUAUAUUACAUUUUAUUGAAUUAAAGAGAUAUAAAGAAUCUCUUGAUAAAGUGAUCGUGAGCAAUUUCAAAACUGACAGUACUUCUCUUGAUAAAACUCCCCACAAAACUAGAAUCAGAAGGGCAUGUUAAUUUAGUACCAGAAAACGUUUCAUUGCUUUAUCUUUGAAAUAAAAGCCAACAGUCCUGUCCCACUUCUGACAAACACUGUACCAUUUGUGCCUGUCAACUAAAUAGGGCUAGAAGGACUAGGGGACACCACAGGACAGGACUGAACAUCCUGAAGAGAACAUAACUUAGUGGCAGAGAAACAAUUAGGAGAUGAAUCGUGUCAUUGGUUUUGAGUUGAAAAAUACUAACCUUAGGAAAUUAUCCAAAUUCUCUUUUUUUUUUUUUUCCUAAGGAAUAUUUUAGCAAAAAGUACAUUGCUGCUUUAAAUUCACUAUAAAAGGACAAGUACAUUUUCACAUUAAAAAACUUACUGGUGGUACCUUCUGUUGAAUUACCUGUUUCAUUCUGCUUGAGUAAAACAAAGCAUUUAAUGUAACUGCAACAUUCUGCACUGUAUUUGUCAUUUCUUAUGAGAAUGUCAAGUUUGUGACUCAUAUGUAACCUUUUAUUACUUUGCCAAAGUUAAAUAAAAUUGUGUGACUUUUGUAAACAUUUACCAAUUCUAUUUUACAUUUUAGCAACCUUCCUGUUUUACAAGCAUCUUGAAGAUUUUUUAAAGGUUUUUUUAAAGGUUAUUUUAAAAAAGUGAUUAAAAGUUACAUUUUAAAAAAUCAAAGCAAAAAAAAAAAAAACCAACAAACAAAAAGCCCUCCAUCUCUAUUCACUACAUUUGAGACAUAUUUCUACCAGGAUUAGCCAAAAAUUCCUUAACUUCUGUUUUUGAAGGCGCUCAUGCCCCCACACUUGAUAAUUCUGCAGUUUUACCAUAGCAUGGUGCCCUGACCUCAAGCCCUCUAAAUUUAUUACUGCUGAUUUUUCACUUAACACACAUCUGAAUAAUCCAACCAGUGUGGUCUUGGUGUCACCUUUGCUUACUUUGGGCAUAUUCUGUCCUGAUGAUGUCAGCAGAGCGAGGUAGAAGCCCUAUGCCAAGGAGAUAAAGGCAUCUAGAACAUAAUUUGGUAUGUUCCUUAUUAAAUUGCAUUCCUACAUGCAGUAAGAAGUCUACACAAAGUAAGUGACUAUUUCCUGUUGGCCCCAGGUCACCAACAAAGGAACUCUUGCAAAGCACAACCAGUCAGCAGCUGGUAAGAAGAGCCCAAACCACGAGCGAGCUGAAAGCACUGCCCUGGUCACUGUGUACGUUUUACUGGCCACUAGGCUGGGGUUUUGCUGACUUUGAGCUCAUUUGCAGUGCCAGCAGCUGGUCAGAGUGUUCAGGACAGCUCUGCCUGUCCUGGGAGCUCCCAUCCACCCCAUCCAUCGCAGCACUCAGCUCACAGCACGCUGGGGUUCUUGAGCUAAUUUGCUUUCUUGGGAAGUGUUCAACAAAACCAAUUAAACAACAUCAAAACAAACAAACAAAACUAAGGCCCAAAUAAAAACACCUCUCCCUGAUCCCCCCCAGUGGGUUCCCUGCUGUUCCCAAAGACAUGGAAAAAGAAGCUUCAAACGUGUUAGACUAUAGAAACUGAGUUGCCAUCAAAAAGAAAUAUACUAUGCUCAUCUUGAGAAUUAAAUUUUUUUAUUUUUGCCAUAGAAAGCUCUAAAAACUAAUAUCACGUGUUGAUUAAUGAAAAGUAGAACACAACUUUAAAAAGUGUUUUAAGGAAAGACUGUACAACUAUAUACAUCACAGACUGGGGAAAACCAAGGAAUGUUUCACACGGAACAUUUCCUAGGCAAUACCUGUAGAACUCAGAAUUCAAUGUAUAUAGUUGUCAGCUUCUGCAUCUUUUUAUAAGCUGCAUGCCUUAACAGAACAAAAUAAAUAAGCAGUAGGUGUUAUUCAAUAUUUAUUUAGUUCACAUAGCGGAAUGUUAUGGUAUGUAUCCCCAAAGAAACCAGACAGUGAGGAUGCAGCCACCAUUACCAUAUUCUGCAGCAGAUCUGUUAAUGGUUUUCUAUGUAUAAUAAAUGACUGUGAGGUUUGCUACCUUAGUCUGUUGAAAUUUUUCAUUUCUAUAUAAAUGCUUUGUCAGAUUCAGCAUUUUUCUUCCAUCAUCCCAAAGCCAAUUUCUUAAUAUUUACAUAAGUUUUUUCAUUAAGUUAAACUGGAAGUUAAAUGCUUACAAAAACAAACAAAAACACAAAUGUAAGUGCAAUAGCCAGAAAUCUAAAUAUAAAAGCUUACUCAUGGCCCCAUAAAAAGUUUUCAAAGAAUGGAUUUAACAUGUUUCCAAACCAAUAAAUACUGGAAGUGAAAUUAAAAAAAUGCUUUACAUACCUCUGGACUUUGGAUAUCAAAAUCACUUCCAAGGAAAACUGAAGACCCUGAGACACAUGCAAGCACGAGUCUUCUAGCAAAAAUAGUUACAAAGCCCUAAUUUUCCAGUUUUCCUCCAAAAAGAGACCUUUACUAGGCACAGUUUAAUUUAAGGUUUUAAAUAUAUCAGCAGCAAAUAGUGAUAGCCAUUAUGUUUAAUUCUGCACUUUGUAAUGUAUGCUUAAUUCCAGAUCCCAACACAAGCCACUUACUUAAGAGUUGGGCUCAAUGUUCCUUGUGGGUCCCUUCCAACUCAAGACUGUUCUGUGAUUAAACAUGUGUCAUGUCAAUAACAAAAAUAACAUUGCAUUUGUCUCGUCACAAAGUUGAGGAAGUCCCACGACAGCACCAGCCAGCUGCUCCACACAGGCAAUGCACACUCACGUCCCAUGAGGAUAACGCGUGACUGCAGGAACGCCACCUCAGUUACACCCCACAUUUAAAGCAUGGCCCGUUAUAUUCAAAGGGGUCAGCAGUAUGAUCUGGAAAUAAUCAGGUAUAUCACGUUCUUGGCUGACAAAGGAGAAGUGCUGAGCAUCACAUGCACCAUGUAAAAAAUCCUCCUCCCAUCACUGCUCGCGUGGAUUUCUGGCAUCGUUUUUGUAGCUCAACUUAGAUUUGAACUGUUUACCAUUUAAGUGCCUUUCUGUGAAAAGUACUGCAUGUCUAAAACCUUUGAGAGUCAUAAAAUCAAGAUACUAGCUUAAAACAUGAAAAAGAAAAGAGAAACCUGUAACUGCAAUUUAAGCAAUUAAAGGUUUCCAUAACUAGCACUAUGCACAAUAGUCUUUCCCAGUCACUUCUAGAACUUGAGGGGUUUUCAUAUUACCAUUUACAAAAAUUCAACAAGUCACUAACGCUGAAAUGCUAAACUAGGACUCCAGUAAACAGCUGUUUUUCUCUACCAUUUCCUGAUCAAGUUGGACAUCUAAUUCAUCUUUUAACUGUUAAAAUAGGCACCAAAUGCAAGGAGAGUAAAAUGGCAACAUAAUAAACCCAAACCUGGAAACAGCUGACAACUAGACAACUGCAGAGAAAUUAUACUUUGGGUCAUGGUGAAUAAAGGGUAUUUUCUGGUUGUUGGUUUAGACCUCAUCUUCCAAAAUGUAAAAAUGGGGGUGAGUGUGGGGGGAAAUCCAAAUCCCUGUUACACUUGAAGAUCUAGCCAAACAGGCAUACAGGAUCUUCAGCAGUCUCAGUGCUAAACCAAUACAGCACUUACAUGAAUUCAUAGCUUUGAGAAGCCUUCAGCAAAAAACAAAUAAUAUUUUUAUAAUUUCAAAAUUCUGGACUGAAGCCCUUCCUCUUGAAGUGG